AUGUGUGUUGAUGAUCUAGGUAGCUCAGCCAACAUCAUCAGAUCGAGGGUUGUAGAGCAAUUGGGGUUGCAGGAUCAAAUAGUGUUGGCAGUCCGGGUGUUGAACGGAUUUAACAUGGCAUGCGAAACAACUAAAAUGGAGACAACUCUACCAGUAAACACUGCAGGGACGAUCCAAGAGGCAAAGCUUUAUGUGAUCGAAGCGGACAUGAGAUAUAAUGAUCUAUUCGGAAGGCCAUGGGUUCACAACAUGAGGGCAGUACCAUCGACCUUACACCAGGCAUUGAAAUUCCCUACACCGGGAGGAAUCAAAACGGUCUAUGGAGAACAGCCGGCUGAAUAG